AUGCAACAAAUUUGCAACUUCAUUCCAGAGAAGUGUAUUAUUGUUGCUCACAACGCUGUAUUUGAUAGAACAACAUUUUUACAAGCAUACAAGUUUUACAAAACCCAAGACAGACAUUUUGGAUUCACUGAUGAUUUAAGAGAACUAAUAUUUUUGGAUUCUAUAUCAAUCUUUAAGGAGAGAUUGAAAAAGAAAAAUAUCAACACAGAUAAUACCAAGCUUGGAAUAUUAUACGAAAACCUCUUCCACAAGCCAAUUGAAAAUCAGCAUACUGCUAAAGCAGAUGUUGUGGCUAUGAUUGACAUUAUGAACAAACUGUUUAACAGAAAACAAUCACACGAAUAUCAUUUAAGAAAGCAUGUGCAAGCGAAAACAAACUUAAAAGGAUCGCUAAUUGCCUUUAAGAAUAGCAAAAUUCUUUCAGACAAGGAAGUGGUUUCCACAUUGCCUAACUACAUGUUCAAGUAA